CCGCCAGGUGUACUAUACGCUCCCUGCCACCGCUAACAGCGACCCUUCAAGACCAUGGCCCCAAAAUUCGACCCGUCCGAAGUCAAAAUCAUCUACCUCCGUGCAACGGGUGGUGAGGUCGGUGCAUCUUCCGCAUUGGCCCCCAAAAUCGGUCCUCUGGGUUUGUCGCCCAAGAAGGUCGGAGAAGAUAUUGCGAAGGCCACCACAGCAUGGAAGGGUCUGCGCGUAACGGUCCAACUCACAAUCCAGAACCGUCAAGCCGCGGUUUCGGUUGUCCCUUCAGCCUCCUCCCUGGUCAUCCGUGCGCUCAAGGAGCCCCCACGGGACCGCAAAAAGGAGAAGAACAUCAAGCACACCGGCAACAUCUCUCUCGAUGAGAUCAUCGAGAUCGCGCGGACAAUGAAGUCAAAGUCUUUGGCGAAGGACCUUGCCGGUGGUGCGAAGGAGAUUCUUGGCACGGCUCAGAGCGUUGGGUGCACCGUUGAUGGCCAGCCCCCACAUGAUAUCAUUGAUGGGAUCAACUCGGGGGAGGUUGAGAUUCCAGACGAGUAA